AUUAUCGAUAAGCCGUCCGAGUCACGUCAUCCCAAAAGGACUGGCGUGCGAAGCAAGCCCUCUUGCUAUAAGCCUCCACCCACCAUGGUUUUCAACGCAUCUCGUUUGCUCGGGAAGACCGUCCUCAUCACCGGUGCCAGCUCCGGAAUUGGCGCCGCUACGGCAGUUCUCUUCGCCAAGGUUCGCACCCGCCUGCCCUCCGUGCCAUCCAAUAACGACGAUACUAGGCUGGGACGAACAUCCUCCUGCUGGCUCGACGAGAGGAGGCGCUCAAGGCCGUGCAACAGGCUUGCGUUGAAGCACACAAGGCUGCGGGGGUCAGGAGGGUGGGACAUUCGCGCCAAUCCAACUGGACGUCUCCGAUCGCAGUGCGAUUGCGAAUUGUGGUCCAAGGUGCCUAGCGGUCUCCGCAACGUUGACAUCCUCGUCAACAACGCUGGAUACGUCGUCGGCCGGGAGCAUGUUGGUGAUAUCGACGAGUCCGUGAUUGAGGGCAUGUUCGCAACCAACGUUUUCGGCCUGGUUGCCAUGACUCAGCUGCUUGUCCGAGACUUCAAGGCCAGAAACUCCGGGCAUGUGAUCAACAUUGGAUCGAUUGCCGGCAUCGAGGCAUACUCGGGCGGCAGCAUCUACACUGCGACCAAGCAUGCUGUGAACGCAUUCUCAGGCUCGCUGUUGCGUGAACUAGUGAACACGCCGAUCCGUGUGACCGAGAUCCAGCCAGGAAUGGUCGAGACAGAAUUCUCGCUAGUGCGUUUCCGAGGGGACGCCGAUGCCGCCAAAGCCGUGUACACUGGACUCCAGCCCUUGACUGCAGAGGACAUCGCAGAGGAAAUCGUCUGGGCAGCGUCGCGGCCGGCUCACGUGAACAUCGCGGAGACGCUGAUCUUCCCGGUCAACCAAGCCAGCGCAAUCAUCUCUCACCGCGCAACAUGAAGGAUGGCCAAAUGGUUUAUAGAUUGUGCUGAGACUGUACAUAGUAGGAAUGGAAGCAGAGCAUCUCAGCUCUUCUUCUUGCUCUUUGACCGGGUGGUCUUUGGAAGAACCGCAGGCUCUUCUGGCACAUCAUUGUCGUAGACAAACU